ACAAUCUCCAAACUCAAUUUUGCUCUAUUAGUCAAUAUUGUGGCAUCUUGGUAUUCGAAUGUCUCGGUUUUUCCUAUGUUGAUCAUGAUAGACAAACAUACACAAGAUGAUGAAAAUACCAGCCCAAAACUAAAGGACUCUAACUCUAUUUUUAAGGGAAAAUAAACCUCACUCACUCUAGUAAUAUAUGGUAAAACUCUUCUAGGACCUUGUUCUGCGCCUGUUCGAAGACUGCACUUCGGCCUGGUUUAAUAAGAGCGGAUUUGGAUGCUUAAAAGAUGACGAAGAUAUCCCAAUCGAGUCAGCGUCUCCGUGGGCCAUACAAACGAAGAUAUCCUUUUUUGGGAUUCAUCCAGCCUCUUUCCUUCCAGACAAUUUCAAUGUUCUCCUCUCAACCGUUGACCGGCUCUCAGGAAAGGCUCCAUCUGGUGAGGAGCUUGUUCAAGAGUCCAUAGCCACCUCCCUCUCCUCUCCGAAGCAAUCCACAUCGAUCCAUCCAAGCUGAGAAGAAGCCCAGCAUUCCUUCUCCGCCGAGCAAGCCUUGAGAAUAUCUUGGCUGCAUCUCGAGGCAUUCUCGGAAUCACGAACCCCAGCUCCUCCCAGGAAGCAAGCAAGCAAGCAAUGGAGAAGAAGCCCAGCAGGUUUGGGAAGCUGGCGAUUCGCGUCAUCCUCGUGUUCCUCGGAACGGUCGCCUUCGCGUGCUCUUUAGCGGCCGAAUUCAAGAAAGUAAAGGCGAAGGAUAUGAAACUGGACGGAAGCCUCUGUUCGUUGCCGAGGAGCCCUGCGUUCGGGUUGGGGAUCACGGCAGCGGUCUGCCUCUCGAUAGCUCAGAUCGUCGGGACCUCCCAAGUAGGAACCAGGCUCUGCUCAGGAGAGAAGAAUAUUAGGACAAGUCGAAUCCUCUCCAUCGCCCAAUUAGUUGCAUCUUGGAUGAGCUUUGGGCUUGCCUUGGUCCUGCUGGCCACCGGGUCGAGCAUGAACGGUGGGCAGCCCUAUGGGAAGGGCUGGAUGGAUGGGAAAUGCUACGUCGUUAGGAAUGGAGUGUUCAUCGGUGCAGCCAUACUGGCUGUCGUCACUGUAGUUUUCCUCCUUGGAUACACCUUUACGGCAGGAGCGACGACACACCAUCGCACCGGUGCAGACGAGGAAGGAAGGGUGGUUCAUCAACAGCAGAAAGUGACCGACCGAAGAAGCCUCGGAUGAGGAGACUUCCAAGUCUACUCGGUGGAAAUUCACCAUCAUACAUACAGCACCAACAAGUCUCAAGAGUCCAUAGAAAAAGAGAAGGCGACGACGGCAAUAAAAAAAGAGCGCCUUACAGAAUAGAAUAUUUUUGCAACUGGGUGGGUGGUCAAUAAAGGAUGGCUGCUAUUGGUCUCCAUCCUGAACCGCAACAAUUUUUUUGGUCUUUCUGUAUUCGUUUGACUUGAGAAAAGAAAUUUAUCAUGUUCAUAAACAAGAUUUUUUUGAAUA